GAGAAAAUACGGAACUGACAUAACAUAACAUAAAUGUAGAGGAGUAAGUUUAAUAGAAGAGGGGUUUGAAGUUUGAUCGAUUCGAUCGGAGAAAGCUAAAGUUUGAUGAAUGAAGGUUCAUCACUUUCACGAGUAUUGGCCUAACCACUCCCACAGAGCCGCUUUGGCCGCGGCUUUGCUGCUGCUUUUGCCUGCUUUCUCCCCCAAUCUCUUCGCCCCUCUCGGCCGAGCUUUCCCUUCCAUCUUCUCCGAAUGGAACGCUCCAAAACCCAUGCAUUUCCAUCUCUUGAAAGCCGCUCUACAUCUCCCAAUUUCUCUUCAGCAACAGAGAAGCCUCUGGUCCCCUUUGGCUCACCAAGGUUGGAGACCUUGUCUUGAUGUUGAAGAACCUAAAGAUGUACCUUUGUCAUCGAAAAAAUCUCAGGGGUAUAUCCAGGUAUUCCUUGAUGGAGGCUUGAACCAGCAAAAGAUGGGGAUUUGUGAUGCAGUUGCUGUUGCGAAAAUCUUAAAUGCAACACUAGUCAUCCCACACCUUGAUGUAAAUCCUGUAUGGCAAGACUCAAGUUCAUUUGCAGAAAUUUUUGAUGUGGAUCACUUUAUAUCAGUCCUUCGUGAUGAAAUUUCCAUAGUUAAAGAGCUACCUGGUGAACUUUCUUGGAGCACAAGAGAGUAUUAUGCUACAGGCAUUCGAGCGACUAGAAUCAAGACAGCACCUGUUCAUGCUUCGGCUGACUGGUACCUGGAAAAUGUCUUGCCUGUAUUGCAGAGUUAUGGGGUUGCUGCUAUUGCCCCAUUCUCGCAUCGUUUGACUUUCAACAAUUUGCCUUUAAACAUCCAGCGUCUUCGUUGUAAAGUGAACUUUCAAGCUUUGGACUUUGUUCCUCAUAUUAAGGAAUUGGGAGAAACCCUUGUUCAUAGGCUACGUUUCCCUCCUAGCAAAAAUCAAGUUUUAGGGACUGAGCACAUGCAAGAAGGAAAUAAUGAGGUCAAAACACAGGGAGCUGGGAAGUAUGUUGUAUUGCAUCUUCGCUUUGAUAAAGAUAUGGCUGCUCAUUCUGCUUGUGAUUUUGGUGGUGGUAAAGCUGAGAAAUUGGCUCUUGCAAAAUAUCGGCAGGUGCUUUGGCAAGGAAGGGUCCUAAAUUCUCAGUUCACAGAUAAUGAGUUGAGAAAUCAGGGCCGUUGUCCAUUAACCCCGGAAGAGAUAGGACUGCUAUUAGCAGCUCUGGGGUUCAGCAAUAUUACUCGCCUCUAUCUGGCUUCCCACAAGGUUUAUGGUGGAGAAGCACGGAUAUCAGCUUUGCGGAAAUUGUUUCCACUAAUGGAAGAUAAGAAGGGUCUUUCCUCCUUUGAGGAGCGAGAGAGGGUUGAAGGCAAAGCUUCAUUGUUAGCUGCAGUUGAUUACUAUGUGAGCAUGCACAGUGAUAUCUUCAUAUCUGCUUCUCCAGGAAAUAUGCACAAUGCUCUGGUGGGACAUCGAGCUCUUCUGAACUUGAAGACUAUAAGACCCAACAUGGGAUUGCUAAGCCAACUUUUCUUGAAUAAAAGCAUGAACUGGUCAGAGUUUCAACAGGCUGUACUAAAUGGGCAUAAAAGUAGACAAGGGCAGAUCAGGUUAAGAAAAGAGAAGCAAUCCAUUUAUACAUAUCCUGCUCCUGACUGCAUGUGUCCAUCUUAGUGAAUUCAAAGAAAAAACGAGGUUGAGUUUGUUUUCUGCAUGUGAAACCCAGGAGUAUAACUAACCUUUUGAUGGUUGUACUGUAAGAAAAAACUAUUGUAAUAUGAAAUUAUUGCAUAUUUGGUCAAUUAUAAAUUUAGAAGUGGUGUGAGUUGAAAACUU